AACGAGGAGAGUGAGGGCAGUGAAUUGUCUGAAAAGGACGGAGAUUCGGAGGGUGAGAGUAGUGAGUUGUCGGAAAAGGAGAGUGGAGAGGAGUCCGGAUCCGAAUCCGGGGAGGAAUCAGGGUCUACCACUGAAGAGGAGAUUGAGGACGUUGACAUAGUUUAUGAUGAUGGAGAGCCUGAAAUACAGGCAGAAAACAUACCAGUGAUUGAAAAAGAAACCCGCAGGCUUGCUGUUGUUAAUAUGGAUUGGAGGCAUGUUAAGGCUGUUGACUUGUAUGUCUUGUUGAGCUCAUUUCUACCAAAAGGAGGACAAAUUUUGUCUGUUUCUGUCUAUCCCUCUGAGUUUGGACUUCAGCGGAUGAAAGAGGAAGAAAUUCAUGGACCUGUUGGGCUAUUUGAUGAUGAAAAUGAGGAAAAUGAUGACGACAAUGAUGAAAUAGAUAAUGAGAAAUUGUGUGCUUAUGAGAGAAGCAGGCUAAGAUUUAUUCCUGACACUAUGGAAUUCAAACAUCCACCCCGAGAUGUGGCAACUGAGGAACCUGCAAAAUAUGAGGGUUUAUAUUUCCAGACCCAAGCACUGCAACAAAGUAAAAUUCAUCUUUCCUGGGAUGAAGAUGAACCACAACGUGUAAAGACCUUGAAAAGGAAAUUCAAUGAUGAACAGCUGGCUGAGUUGGAGCUAAAGGAGUUUUUGGCCUCUGAUGAGAGUGAAAGUGAUGAUGAUGAGAAUGAUAACAUCAGUGAGGAUCCAUCUGAGAAGAAAAAUAAGAAAAAAGAAAAGUACCUUGCUUUACUCCAAUCUGGUGAUGGUUCAGAUGGAGAUGGUGAGGAGGAUGGACAAGAUAUGGAAGUCACUUUUAAUAGUGGCUUGGAGGAUAUAAGCAAGCGCAUUUUAGAGAAGAAGGAUAAGAAGUCAGAAACAGUUUGGGAGGCCUAUCUCAGGAAAAGGCGUGAGAAAAAGAAGGCCAGGAAAAACAAAUCUAAAAAUUCAUCAGAUGAUGGAAGUAGUACUAGUGAUACUGAUCGAGAACCCAUUGAAGAACCAGAUGACUUCUUUGUUGAAGAGCCUUCAGUUAAAAGAAGUAAGAAAGAAGCAAAGCAAAGGGAUAAGGAAAAGGAGAAAGAAGCAGAAGCAAGCAGAGCUGAGCUUGAGUUAUUACUUACUGAUGACAAGGGAGCAGAUACUGGUCUCAAGGGAUAUAAUUUGAAACCUAAGAAGGCAAAGGGAAAAAGGGGGAAAGAAGUUCCAGAUGAGGACAAAAUUCCAACUGUUGAAUACAAUGAUCCAAGAUUCUCAGCUCUCUUUACAUCACCUCUCUUUGCUUUGGACCCCACUGAUCCACAGUUCAAAAGGAGUGCAGCUUAUGCUCGGCAGACAGUACAAAGGCAGCAUAAGGAAGAGUGGAGAGAAUUGGUGGGAAGGGAGCAGGUGAAGUCAGCUACCAAUGAUGACCAGUUGCCAUCCGGUGAUCACAGAACAAAAAAAGGCAGCCAUGAGAAGUCUGAGAUUUUGCAAUCAAAGAAAGAAAAGCAUGAGUUGGGCUCAUUGGUGAGAUCAGUCAAGUUUAAGUCAAAGCAAGUUCAGCUGGCCUCCAAUGGUAAGUCAAAGAAAGAUGAUGAAUCACUGUCUAGAGGUGUGGGGCAAAAGGAGGAGAAGCAUGAUCUUUCAACAUUGGUUCAAUCACUAAAGAAGAAGUCUAAGGCUAUGAGAAAAUGAGCCCACGCAUAAAAUCCCCACUUCCUA